AUGCAUAAGAACAGGGAAUCAUACUCUGGGAGAGGAACGACCAGAGAGAGGGAUACAGAGAGGCAGAGGCCAAGGGAAGAAGCAGGAGGGAAAAAAAAAAAAAGCAAGCCGGGAAGAGGGCCAGCAAAAGAAAAGAGAGAGAGAGAAGAAGAAGCAGAAGAAGAAGAAAAAGAAAGCAAGCAGACCGAGUGGAAGAGACGCUUUGCAAAAGAAAAAUAUCCAAUCGGGAAAGUAGAUCAAAAAUGCAAAUAA